GGGAGGCGGCGGCACUCCUCCUCCUCCUCCUCCUCCUCCCACCCUCGCGCUCUCGUAAGGCGGGCACAAGCCGUCCCAGCCACGCAGAGCCGGCGCAGGAGGCUGGGCUCCAGCACACGGCUUGAGAUGCAUUGUUCCUGUGGGGAGGCUCGGAGCUGGAGGUGGCGGCGAGGGUGGCGACGGCGAGGGUUGGUGGCUGCGGAGCCCCUCCAUCUCGGGCCUCUCCCCGACUCCCUUCGCGCCGCGGGGCUGUAGGAAACGGGCCCAGCGGCUCUCCAAAGACCCCUGCUGUCCUCCGUCGCUCGCCUCCCUUCCCCCGAACCGUUGGGCUGAGCGCAGGCGGGGGCAGGGCAGCGCAGGCGCCUCCAAGGGGCUGGUGAUGCCCACAGCUGGGAAGUGGCAGCCGGCGCUGGCGCCCUCGCCAGGUAACCCCGACCCUGCCCGCCCGGCGCGGAGCUGUCCAAAGAGGGAGGCGACCCGCAGGAGCUGUUUGUGGUGCUGAAACCCGCUACGCGGGAGCCGCGUCAGUUAAAAGUGCGCCGCUGCCCUCCGGGAACCCCGUCUGCUCCCAUCGGCGAGUUCCAGCCCAGCGCCUCCUCCAGCGCGGAGCUGUCCAAAGAGGGCGGCGACCCGUGGACUCUCUCCCUGGUGCUGAAAAGCCUUGCGAGAGGAGGAGUGCCAGGAAGGGACUUUGAACGGUGCACCUUUGCCCUCCCUGAUCCCUGCCUCCUCCUGGUCCGGCUGCUCCCAUCGGUCGGUUCCAACCCAGCGCCUACUCCUCCUCCCGCCCGGAUCCAGUUGCGCGGCGACUAAGCUACUAGAUCUGGUGGAGAAAGGAGACCCAGCCGAGUCUGCUUUUCCAGGAGCCAUGGCUGCGCUAACGAAGGUGGCCGCCGCCUCUUCCCUGCUGGUGGUGGUCCUUUGCGUGGGUGUCUGCUCUUCAGUCUGUGUUGAAGUACCGUCAGAGACAGAGGCAGUCCAAGGGUCGCGCAUGAAGCUGCUGUGUAUCUCCUGCAUGAAGCGAGAGGAGGUUUCUGCCAACACUCUGGUUCAGUGGUACUAUAAAACCGAAGGGGGCAUAGAUGAGCCUAUCUACAAGUACGAAAAUGAGAAGCAGGAACUUGGGAGCCGCUUCCGUGGUCGGCUCCAAUGGGACGGGAGCAUAGACAUGCAGGAUGUGUCCAUCUCCGUGCUCAACAUCUCUUUGAAUGAUUCGGGGAUCUACACCUGCAAUGUCACUCGGGAAUUCAACUUCGAGGUUCAUCGACCAGUUGUCACCCGCUCUACACUGAUCCGUCUCACGGUGGUGGAGGAGGCUGGAGAAGACUUCACAUCUGUCAUCUCUGAAAUAAUGAUGUAUAUUCUCUUAGUCUUCCUCACUUUGUGGCUGCUGGUAGAAAUGAUCUACUGCUACAGGAAAGUUGCCAAGGCAGAGGAGGUUGCUCAGGAAAAUGCGACUGACUACCUUGCCAUCCCUUCAGAAAACAAGGAGAAUUGUGCUGUGCCAGUGGAGGAGGAGUAGAAGAUGAAACCACGUAGGCAUACAGUGUGCAAAAAAAAAAAGGGACUAGGCAGACACAAGGAGUAAGUCACUGCAGCCAAGUUUUGCAGGAGCCCAAGACCAGGAACCACAAGGAAGUGUAAAUUUGUUUCCGUUUGUCUGGAACAUCGCACUGCUUUGACUUCAUGGCUCUCAUUCCUUGAGCGAUCAGCCCAUUGUUAAAGACUUUCCUUUGAGGCAUGCAAAGUCGGGGGGGGGGGGAGAGGUGCAUUACCUCCUCUGUUGCCCAUUGCCUCAACGACUCUGUAAAUACUCACUCAUCUCUCGCUAACACAGACUUUCCUUUGGGUGCAUUCAGACAUCACAGCUUCCUCAGCAUUAAGUGGCAUUCAUUUAGUCAUCAUUGCUUUUGGUGUUAAUUUGAGUAUGAUGCCCCAGUGAUGUCACAGAACAUGCCCCAGAUUUUCCUAGGGAAGCAGAUAACAGUGGGUCUGUUUUGGCCAAUACCUCCAGGAGCAAAUGGAAAGCCAGGCAGAAGCAAUACAGUAAUUGAACUGUUUAGUUUUUCAUGAACCUGUGGCACAGGAGGAGGAAAUGCUCGAGCCAGAGAUGUUUCCGAGGUACAUAGUGCACUGCUAAAAGAGUGGUGAUAUUAUACAGAUACUAGAUUGAGCCCUGGGGUAAGAGUGUGGCCAUGAAGCACCCUCUCUUUGCAUCGUAUGUGAUUUCCAUGUUGCAACACUCCAUAGUAUGUCAUAUACUGUGUGUAAAUAGGACAAGAGUCAUUAACUUGGGCAUUCUGUGAUUUAGUGAAACCCAAGCAGCAAACUUCUAAACUAAUUUCCAGCAGGAUUCAGAGGGCAGUGGCAAAUAACCACUUUGCAAAACAUGAUGUUGUGAUGAAAGUUUAAAUUCUCCUUAGUGUUUGACGCAGUGACCGAGAUGCCCAGAAUUGUAGGGGCUUUAAGUCGGGUCAGGUGUCCUUUUAUGUACUUGAGAGAGUGAAGCAGGAUGGACAAUUCUAACUGAAGGAUCGGUGGAAGAUGGCAACGUGAACCUUCCAUUUCAAAGAGGAGCACUGUGCUUUUAAUAACUGCACGGCACUGAAAAAAAUUAUUCAGCUAUUCCAAUCUCAAACAAAGCCUGCCACUGCCAGUAGCAUGUUAUGCCCUCCAAUUGCCAUAUACUAUUUUAUUAUCAGGCAGGGGUGAUGUAAUUCCAGGUUCACAGGCCUGAUCUGCCCCCGCUAUCAUAUUUUGCUGCCCCCUCUUCCAAGACCCAACCAAUUUUGGCAGCAGCAAAGAUGGGAAAUAACACAGAGGGCCAGCCCAGCACCCAGAUAGGGGUGCAAAUCUCUCACUUCCCGGUCAUCAGACCAACUUCAAAGAAGAAAGAGGAAGCAAAACCCACUGCCAUCACCCUUAACUGAUUUGAACAGAUCAGCUGAAGAGGAAGGCUGUCUGCCUAUGUGCAUAAGACAGCAUGGGGUGGUCACAGCCACAAGUUGUCCUUGGAGGGUUGGGCCAAGGUGGGUUUGUCCCUCUGGGCCAGUAAAAAGGCCACCCACCCAUUAGAAGGUCUGCAUAAAUAAAAUCUAAACUUCUAUCUGG